AUGGAGACAGAACGCAUCGACAGCCUCCUUGAGCGCUACCUCAUCCUGCUGGACGAGUACACGACCUUGCGGGGGCGUCUCAGCGGGACUCAGGCCGGGAUGUAUCAGAACAUUGCACGAGCCAACUUCUCUGCGGAGAGGGGCGUUCGAUACGGGCCCGACUAUUACGACGAGCGCAUGCAAGCUUCGAGAACCCUCUCGCUGUCGGCGGACGACAGGGGUGUCGCCCGUUUCGAGGUUAUCAAGCUUGCAGAUGAUGCUGUGACGGAGCCAAUGGCGGAGAUGAAGGCUACGGAGGCUGUGAAAGACGGGGCAUCGGCGGCGGCGGCAACGGCGGAUGGUGAUGCUAAUGCGGCCCCGGGCACAAAGCCGGAAGGGGUGGCGUCCGUUGAUGAGGUACAGGCGAACGGACAAGCGGAGCGGGAGGAGACGGAGAGGGAGAAGGAGAAAAAGACGAAGAAGAAGAGCAAUGAUCCUCUUCGGUGGUUCGGGAUCCUGGCACCGAUGCCGUUGAGACAGGCCCAAACGCUAUCGGUGCAGGCCGUGCAGGACAUCAUCCCCCGGUUAGUGUCGGUGGACGCCGAGAUGAAGGAUAUCGAGAUCGAGGUCCGCCGGGCGAAGAAAAGGCGAGCCAAGGCGGAGACGGCAGCGGCGGCAGCGGCAGCGGCACUGAAGAGGAGUGAUGGGGAUGAAACUGGGGGAAUUGUUCGGCAUGAGCCACACGCAGUAGUGGCUGUUGAUUCAACGUGA